GGCCCUCGGACUCGGUCGCUGGAACGCUGGUCUUGAGCCGCACUUGCAUCCACACCGGUGUGAUGGAAUACAGUCGUUCUACAUCCUAUGCCCCCAGUACUGCUACCGCGGUGGCGGAGGAGCCCAUCGCGGAGAGGAAGGACAGUCCUUGCGACCUCGAAAAAUCCGGGCCUGUGACCUCCUCUUCUGACCCACCGGAUCCUCUCGCGCCUUACCCUGAAGGUGGCAGAGGGUGGAUCGUGGUAUUAGGCUGCUCUCUUCUGUGUGCAGUAUCAGUUGGUUUUGGGUACGUUCUCGCAUGGGGCGUGUUCCAGUCGUACUACGAGAACCACAUUCUUGUCGGAACAUCCGCCUCCGUUCUUAGUCUCCUUGGAGGCAUGCCGGGCUUGCCGUUCCUGGCAGCUGGUAGCAUCGUUUGGAUCGCGAGCAUGAUCAGCAUCGCUUUCUGCACAGAACUAUGGCAGUUCUUCAUAUCACAGGGCGUCAUGCAAGGCUUAGCCGCUGGGUUGAUAUUUCCCCUUAUCGUCUCCCUACCAUCACAAUGGUUCCUACGACGACGUUCGUUGGCUACAGGCAUCGUCCUUGCAUCCAGCUCAUUCGGGGGUGCCGUCAGCUCUCCUCUGAUACGCGGGCUCCUGUCUGAUCUUGGCUUGCGCAAGACCAUGGCCAUCAAAACCAGCAUGGACGCCAUUACCCUCGCGAUUGGCUUCCUCCUGAUCAAGGAGCGCAAGACUCCCGGUUCCAGGGUUCACGGGCCGGAUGGAAGGCGCCAGCGCAUUACUUGGCUCGAUGGCUCAAUCUUGAAAGAUACCGUGUUUUGGAGUCUGGCCAUGUGCUUGUUCUUUUGCUGCAUGGGUUUCUUGACUCCCAUGUUCUUCAUGACAGAAUUCACAUUACAGAAGGUUCCUGGCAUCAGCAGCAUUCAUUCUGUGCUCCCCUUGACCAUUCUGAACCUCGCUGCUGGGCUGGGACGGAUACUUGUUGGCCACGUAGCCGAUGGCGUAGGAGUCGUCAACGCGCUCUUCGUCGCUGUCUUAGGCUCCGGCCUGGCGCAACUUCUAGUCUGGAACUUCGUCUCCGGGUACGCCGGCAUAAUGGGCCUAUCUAUUACCUACGGCCUUUUUAGCGGCUGUUUCCUUUCUCUCACUUCGCCUGUCGCCGCGCGUUUAUACGGUGCGGGUCGACUCGCUGGCCUCUCCGGUUUGCUCUUCCUCUACGUCGCCCCGGGUCAGCUCGCCGGUGCGACGAUCAGUGGCGCCAUCUAUGCAUCCACCAAGAGCUGGCACGCCGUCAUAGCGUAUUCGGGCGGAAUUCAGAUCGUAGCGGCCGCGUGCUUGUUGUAUGCUCGCUUCAAGAAGGAACCUAGAUUCCUCGCAAUCCUGUAGAACUCGCUGUGCCUAAUGACUGCGCACACUUAGAUGUCACAGUUUAGACCUAGACGCCGCUGCCGGCUAGAUCUCUUCCACGUUUCCCCCUAGAUUUCUCCCACGUUUCCC